AUGGCUGGCGUCGACUCCGCUAAUCCUGUCGCUCCGCCGCGGCCGCGCCCGGCCUUCCACAGCAUCGGAAUUAAGGUGGAUGAUUUGAAGCGUUUAGACAUCGGCCAGCUGUCGCAGUCGGAACUUCAAGCCCUAUCCUCAUGCUCCGCCUCCGCCUUCGACGUCCGCCGUACGGACGACGUCGUUUCCCCGCAGCUCGACCGGUCAGUCUUCAACGAGUCCGCCGGCAGCCGCCGCCAGACCUAUUCCCGCCUCCAUCACCGCUCGCACUCACGCCUCCCGGGCCCCCACCACUCCCUCAAACCCCACCGCCAACCACAGCCUUCGUCCGACCCGGUGACACACUCUAUCGUCCAUUUCCUCAAACACUUCCUCAGCGGAAACUACAGUCCGCCACCCCCUCCACCGCCGCCGCUGCAUGAACAUCCGGAAGCUGAGGCGGCUCCGAUCGGCAACUUAGGGUAUCUAGGGUUACAGGGGAACUCGAAAAUUAAGCGGAAGAGGAUGAGGAGCGGAAAGAUAAUGAGUGAAAAGAAGCUUCUGGAAAAUGGUGUGGGAGUGGAGCUGCAGGAGGUUAAUGGCAGAGGUGAGGUGGUGGAUUUGGUGGAGUUGGAGGAGAAAGGGGAUGAGCUAUACAGUGCAGAAUUGAGGAGAAGGACUGUAGGCUUGGAGACUGAGGAGGAUGUUUUGGGGUUUUUGAGUGGUUUGGAAGGGCAGUGGUGUAGCAGGAGGAAGAAGAGGAAGUAUGUAGAUGCUGGUUUAUUUGGAUUUGUACUGCCGAUUGGCUGGAAACUCUUGCUUGGACUUAGGAGACGUGAUUACCUUUUUUCUGUUUAUUGCCGCCGAUGUAUAAGCCCCACUGGACAACAAUUUCUGUCAUGCAAAGAGGCAGCAUCUUUUUUGAAAUCAUAUUUUGCUGGUAACGAUGAAGAACAAAAAAGGGUGCAAAAGACCUGCAGCAUUCAGCAAGCCUAUGUCUUGUCUUCUGGGAAGGAUGAACUGCCUGCUGAUAAGACGGAUGAUAUGGCCCAUGACGAAGUAUCCCAUUCAGCUCUUGUCAUAGAUGCUUCAAAUUCAGUUGACAUUGAAGAUUACUUGAUGGGCAUAGAUAACCUCCCCGAAGUUCAAGUUAAGGAUAUUUUUGAGUGCUUCAAAUGCAACCUCACAUUCGAUGAGAAGAAUUUAUAUUUGCAGCAUCUCUUCUCGUUCCACCAGAAUACUACGAAGAGGUACAAGUUUGGGACGCCUGUUGGAGAGGAUGUGAUCAUUAAAGACGGGAAAUACGAAUGCCAGUUCUGUCAAAAGGUCUUUGAUGAAAGGCAUACUUUUAACAGCCAUGUGGGGUUUCAUGUAAGGAACUCCGGAAAACAUCCUGAUGAAUUAGCCCUCGCUGUGAAUCUCCUACAAAGAGAUGAACCUCAAAUGCUGGAUGCAGUUCCCUCAGGGUUAUCGAAUAUGGAUGUCUCAACUGAAAUUGCUCAGAAUUCGACUUUAGAGCCUUCCAGUAUUGUCACUCAUGAACAAGCCACGGCUGAUCAAUCUGUAAAUGUAGUGCAAAUAGAAGAAGUUUGUGUGGACUCCACUGAACCUGCCAAAAUUCAGGAGGAAGAUCACUGUGGUGACCUGACUGUGACUGAAGACUUGACUCAUGGUAAUAAAAUCAUGAUGGAAGAUCACGGCAUGGCUGAGAAUGAUUUUUCUUGGGAUGUGAAUGUUAAGAUAAAUGCUGGUUGCAUAAAUAACGCAGAGGCAUCGAGGUCGGGUGAAAACAUCGAUAAGUAUGAACACAGUAGUUUGGAUAUGGGUGAUGGAGACAGAUGUUUGAAGCCCAAUGAUGCUCAUCUGGAAGGUAUACCUGGGUUAACUGUGGGAGAUAUUGAUUUCCAGGAUGCGGUUUCCUCCGAACCCUUGGCCCAAUCAUUUCAAUUUUUCCCCACCUUCGAUUCUGGGUCAAAUAAGAGAGAGAAUGAGUUUUCAGUAGUUGAUCAGAAGCUUGACAACGUUUCGGGUUUUCAAGAGCUGAGGUUUGAAGAUUUAGAUCCUUUUAAGUACGGUUUCGAAAAUGGACAAGAGUUGUCGUCCUUGCCAGGCGGGCACAUGAAUUUGGGGAAUGGCAGUGGGGUAGUAGACGGAUUUGAUUCAUCUGUUGCAUUUGGUUCAGACGAAGUUAUGAUGAACACGGUGGACAUAAAUAAGCUGACCGUGUGUGUGUGGUGUAGAACAGAGUUCAGACUCGAGGGUAUUGAAUCAGAAACUCCAUCAGAUACUAUAGGCUACAUGUGCCCUAUGUGCAAGGCUAAGAUAUCGGGGCACUUUGGCGGUGGUGGGCUGUCAAUGGAUCCCAGUGAGUUCUGA